CUCCCCGCCCUAUCUAUUCAAACCCAAAACCCUCUGCGCCUCCAUUGAUUAUAUAUAAGCGUUCUUCGCGUUCCACUGUUUUCGUAUCGUCCAGCGUGCACACCUGUUCGACUGAAUUUCUCUGAGAAAAUCUUUUUCCGAGAAAAUGUAUGUGGUGAAGCGCGAUGGGAGACAGGAAGCUGUCCACUUCGACAAGAUUACUGCAAGGCUUAAGAAGCUUAGCUAUGGACUGAGCAGCGAACAUUGUGAUCCUGUCCUCGUGUCACAGAAAGUCUGCGCCGGUGUCUACAAGGGUGUUACAACGAGUCAGCUCGAUGAGUUGGCCGCCGAAACUGCUGCCGCCAUGACGGCCAAUCAUCCUGAUUAUGCUUCCCUAGCUGCCAGGAUUGCUGUCUCAAAUCUCCACAAGAACACUAAAAAGUCAUUUUCUGAGACUGUCAAGGACAUGUACAACCAUUUCAAUGAGAGAUCAGGACUCAAGGCUUCUUUAAUCUCUGAUGAUGUUUAUGAUAUAAUCAUGCAGAAUGCUGCUCGUCUGGACAGUGAAAUAAUCUAUGAUCGUGAUUUCGAGUAUGAUUACUUUGGAUUUAAAACACUUGAGAGAUCCUACCUCCUGAAAGUCCAAGGAAAGGUUGUUGAAAGGCCUCAACACAUGUUGAUGAGGGUUGCUGUUGGCAUCCACAAGGAUGACAUUGAUUCUGCAAUCAAAACCUACCAUUUGAUGUCUCAGCGAUGGUUCACUCAUGCUUCUCCCACUCUCUUCAAUGCAGGAACACCAAGGCCUCAAUUAAGUAGCUGCUUUUUGAUCUGUAUGAAAGAUGACAGCAUUGAGGGCAUAUAUGACACCCUGAAAGAAUGUGCCGUUAUUAGCAAAUCAGCUGGUGGUAUAGGUGUUUCAGUUCACAAUAUCCGUGCAACUGGAAGUUACAUUCGUGGCACGAAUGGGACAUCUAACGGUAUUGUUCCUAUGCUUCGGGUGUUCAAUGAUACUGCUCGUUAUGUUGAUCAAGGGGGAGGCAAGAGGAAGGGAGCUUUUGCUGUGUAUCUGGAGCCAUGGCAUGCUGACAUCUUUGAGUUUCUAGACCUCCGGAAGAACCAUGGAAAGGAAGAACAUAGAGCCAGAGACCUGUUUUAUGCUCUUUGGGUUCCUGAUCUUUUCAUGGAGAGGGUCCAGAGUGAUGGGCAGUGGUCAUUGUUUUGCCCUAAUGAAGCUCCUGGUCUGGCAGAUUGCUGGGGUGAGGAAUUUGAGAGGCUCUACACCCAUUAUGAGAGAGAGGGUAAGGCGAAGAAGGUUGUUCAUGCACAGAAGCUGUGGUAUGAAAUAUUGACAUCCCAGAUAGAAACGGGAACACCUUACAUGCUUUUCAAGGAUUCAUGCAACAGGAAAAGUAACCAGCAAAAUCUGGGUACGAUAAAGUCUUCAAAUUUAUGCACUGAGAUCAUCCAAUAUACUAGCCCAACAGAAACUGCAGUGUGCAAUCUUGCAUCUAUUGCUUUACCUCGAUUUGUGAGGGAGAAGGGUGCCCCUUUCGAGGCUCAUCCAUCUAAGCUUGUAGGCAGUAUGGGCUCAACAAACCGGUUCUUUGAUUUUGACAAAUUAGCAGAGAUAACUGCAACUGUUACUGCAAAUCUUAACAAGAUAAUCGAUGUGAACUACUAUCCUGUGGAGACUGCAAAAAAUUCAAAUAUGCGCCAUAGGCCUAUCGGUAUUGGGGUACAAGGUCUUGCAGACGCAUUUAUCCUUCUUGGAAUGCCAUUUGACUCAUCUGAGGCCCAACAACUCAACAAGGACAUAUUUGAAACAAUAUACUACCAUGCACUCAAAGCAUCUUCUGAUCUUGCUGCUUCGGAUGGUGCCUAUGAGACAUACGGAGAAAGUCCAGUGAGUAAGGGAAUUCUUCAACCUGACAUGUGGAGUGUAACUCCCUCUGACCGCUGGGAUUGGGUUGCUCUAAGGGAUAUGAUCUCAAAGAAUGGUGUGAGAAAUUCACUUCUAGUGGCACCAAUGCCAACAGCUUCUACCAGUCAGAUUCUUGGAAAUAACGAGUGUUUCGAGCCAUAUACCUCAAACAUCUAUAGUCGCAGAGUCUUGAGUGGUGAAUUUGUGGUGGUGAAUAAACAUCUUCUCCAUGAUUUAACUGAUAUGAAUAUCUGGUCUCCGGCUCUAAAGAACAAGAUAAUUUAUGAGAACGGUUCUAUUCAAAAGGUCCCAGAAGUACCUGAUGAUCUGAAGGCGAUUUACAGGACCGUCUGGGAGAUUAAGCAGAAAACAUUGGUAGACAUGGCUGUUGAUCGUGGAUGCUAUAUAGAUCAAAGCCAAAGCCUAAACAUACACAUGACAGAACCCAAUUUCGGAAAACUCACUUCCCUGCACUUCUAUGCCUGGAGAAAGGGUCUGAAAACGGGGAUGUACUAUUUGAGAUCGAGGGCUGCAGCUGAUGCAAUCAAAUUCACAGUUGACACAACCAUGCUCAAGGAGGAAGAAGAGGAUGAUGAAACUAAAAUGGCACAGAUGGUUUGCUCUCUUACAAACCGCGACGACUGCCUCGCUUGUGGAAGUUGAUGAUCCAUUCCUCUUUAUAACCAUUUGGUCGCUUGUUUAUAGGUUGUUCAUAAAACGUUUCAUCCUGUAAAUUGAUCUUUGUUCUUCACAGCAUAAAUUGGGUGUGAUUUUCCUCCUUUUUAUUAUUAAAAAAACAAGAAUUUGUCUAAUUUAAUAUACGAAACUCA